GGGCAAAAGGCGGCUACUAGUAGGCGAGCCGAAGGGCAGAAGGGCGGGCACCAAGACAGACAGAGGAAGUGUGAGAGCCGAUAUGUCGACUCGUAGUCCACGUCGCGGCACCACAGGGCCACACGCAGAGGGAACCAUGCACCGGCAUUGAUGGCAAUGUCUCGCCGGGUGUCUUGGCCCAAUUGUACCUGUCCUACUAGGCCCUAGUCUCGACUGUCCUGGAUACAGGUAUUCUCGAUCCUGUUCGCCUCUACUUGUCUCCCCCUGCGUUCCCUUCACUUGCUCUUCUCCCUUGCGUCUCCCCCUCUGCUCCUUUAGCAAUGCCCCUCUUGCACCCUACUCGUGGCUCGCUCUCCAAUCGCACUUCAGUCCUCAUCGGCGUACUAACUGCCCUCGCCAUCACCGCUUUCCUCAUUACACUCCUGCUUGUGCUAUAUCAGAAGGGCAAACAGAAGCCCGUACCACCCACCAUUGCGCCCAGAGAAGAUGCUCUGGAAGGCCAGCCCACUCUUCCUCCGGCCUACACCUACUUGCAGUCCUCAUCGGCUCCGGCCCUCUCCAAAGCCUACCGAGCACCAAGUCAAUGUAUGACGAAAGGCUCGGUCCAUGACGACCCUGCUGUUUCCACCAGCCCGGGCGGACCUUCCAUCUCUUCACACACCUCCAAAAGCAGACUCUGGUCACCUUCUGGAAGCCUUGUGGCUCACGGUCCGACCUGGAAGCAGGCUCCACCACCUCCACGGACCCAGGAGAGCCUCGCGACAUUACCCUCGGCCUGGUCUUCUUCCACUCUAGCAGCACCUGGCACAAGCGCACAGAAGCUUUCGCAAGAUCAUGGAGCGCUGAUUCGUGGCCAGACGUCGGGCUCCUUUGCUACGUCUGAGUCCUCCAAUACCACCCUCGUCCGGCCGCAGAUCCAAGGUCCCCUCUGCCAGUCUCCGCACAUCAACUCACUGACCAGCAGUCAAAACCAAAGUACGGAAAUCCCAUGCUUGCCAGCAGUCAGUACCUCCGCAACAGGCCACAGCUGCCCUGAUCCUACCUGUUCCUUGCAUUCUACCCGACCGCGAAGCCUCUCCUUACCAGCACGUAUCGACGCUCCCUGCUCACUCAAGCACAGUCCCCUCCCCUCGAGCACCUCGACUCUGAUGACCGUGGGCGAGUCUACGAUUGUCGAGCAGCAAGAGUGGCGUGUGACUACCAGCACUACGGACAAGGAGGCAGAAAAGGGAGAUGGAGAGGGAGAAGCAAGCGUGGACAGCUUUGUCGCGGUCAUGCUCCAGCGGUGUUCGAAGAGCAGGGUGGGCAACCAAAGCAUUGAUGGGGACGCGGAUAGGGGAGAACAAGGGUACAAAGAUGGCAUUGUUGAUGCGAAUGAGCGUCUGGCCGCUGUAUUUGAGGCGCUGGGAUUGGCCAAAGUAGACGUGACUGGCUCAAGACGUCUUGAGGCGGUGCAGGCUUCUGCGUGAUCGGGGCGUGCACGGCUUGCUAUCGUCGUCCUCCGCUCAGUUCCGUAGCCUCCUUUGCUCCGGUCUAAGUUGCAAUGCUCAAU